UCUUUCUUUUUUGUUAUGCAAGUUUUUUCCUCUCUUUUAUAUCCAUCUAUCUAUCUUUCGUUCUCUACAUCAAAAUCUUGAUUAGAAGAGCCUUUGUUGUUGAAAGGGAUUCUCUUUGUUUUUGAGAAAGGAAAAUGGGUACGUUGUUGCUAUUUAAGGAAGGCAUGUUCAUCACCGACCAAGCAUAUUUGGAUUGGAUUCAAUUGAAAGCAGAAGAAACUUCUAGAACAUGGUUUUGUAGUUCCUGCGGUAUGGCGUAUGGAUCUGAUUUCAGAUUCUAAAAAAAACAAAAACAAAAAUAAAGAAAGAAAAGGGGCAGUUAAUGACACCCUUUUCACACGGGAAUCUUGAGACUGUUUUACUACUUUUUUUUCCCCUUUCCCUGUUGUUUUCUUGCUCUCCCUUUUAUCAAACUUUUGGUUCUUGAUCUUUCCAGUGGCUUUCUUCUUGUGGGGAUCUCUGGUUUUUGAUCAACUAUUUAUAAUCCUUGUCAUUUGUGAUCUAAUUUGAGAGCCGAUCAGAGAGAGAGAGAUGAGAAUGAGAAUUAUUGCACUAAGAAGUUCUCAAACCUCACAGCUCAAACUUCCUCAUGCUCGUUGUUCUUUUUCUGUAUUAAAACAACCUUAUUCAAUCUCUUUUCCCAUAACAACAAGCCCUUGUGGAAAACAUCCAACUUUUUUUCAUGGACUAGUUAGUUCUUCAAAAGUUUGUAGUGCUAGUUUUGGUGAGUUUUUCCCCGAUGAAGAACUCUCUAGUCAGAUUGAAGAAUUGGCGCACAAGUUCAAUUUCUCUGACGAUAAUGAUCACGAAAUUGGGGCUGAAAUAGUGAGUGUAGGAUCAAAAAUCUCUCUUGACAUGAAGUGCCUGGAAGGCGAAAGCCUCGGGGACGGUUCUUUGAGGCCUUCUCUGUAUGUUGUUGAGCCAAAAGUAUCGCCUGAUUGGCGUGAAAAAAGCGAAAUCGAUAAGGUGAUCAUAGAAAGGAAGGCGAAUAGUGUUGAACUUCCUAUGUCUCUUCUGUUGAUAAGGAUGAAGCAUAAGCAAUGGAGGGAGAGCUUUAGGGAAGCAGGGGAAUCCACCUAUUGCUCUAUAAAGAAGGCCUUCUAUUACAUGGUUUACAUCAUUCGCGAGCUUCAGACUUGCGCAUUGAGCCUUAAUGAUAGUGCUUACUAUGAAGACUUGCAAGGGGUCGUAACCAAGAUGCAGAGAGAAAUGAAUGUGACUUUUGUGUGGCUGUUUCAGAAGGUGUUUUCUCCGACGCCAGCUCUCAUGGUGUAUUUGAUGAUCUUGUUGGCUAAUUACACCGUGAAAUCUAUGGACGAUCGUGCUGUUGCCGCUCCGAUGCCAGCGAUCUCUGAGACUUUGCCUGCGACCAAGGAUGAGGAUCAGCAACACACGGAGUUGGACGAUGUUUCUGCUGUGAAGAGGAUUUUAAAUGGAGCCAAAUUGAUCAUCCCUUUUGGCAGUGGAACUAAGGAUGAGGAAAAACAGCACUACUCUAGUGAUGUUCCUAAGGGGACUACCGGGGUUCCUUUUUCAGGAAAUGAGGAGUUCAAUACUGAGGAGGAAAUGGAGUUAUGGAACUCAAUUUUGGAGGAAGCUUCAAGAAUGCAAAUGGAGUUAAGGACCAAGGCGCUUGAUCCAGAAACGGUGCAACAAUUAGUGUCACCUUUGAGUGUGGAGCUUGAGGAAGAUGAUUAUGCGGAUUACUUUAGAACAGAUCUUGAAUACCAGAUGGGGUUAGCUCGUGAUCCCAACAAUCCUCUUCUACUCUCCAAUUACGCACAGUUUCUCUAUCUUGUUUAUAACGACCAUAAGAGGGCUGAGGAGUGCUUCCGCCGAGCCGUGCAGGCAGAGCCACCGGACGCCGAGGCCUUAAGUCGAUAUGCAGAAUUCUUGUGGAAGGUAAGGAAGGACCUGUGGGGUGCAGAAGAAAGAUAUCAGCAGGCUUUGGCAGCAGAGUCGGGUAACCCUUACUAUGCGUCCAAAUACGCCAAUUUUCUAUGGAACACUGGCGGUGAAGAAACUUGCUUUCUUGGUGCAUCUCAUGAAAACUACAAAGUUUUGUAAUUACUAGAAAGAUGGCUUAUCAAGUUAGCUUUUUUUUACCAUAAUCUCAGAGUCUGUUGUCAGGACAAAAGGUUUCCUUCCCGGAAUGUUUUGUUCUAGCUUGUUUAAUCCUAGAGUCUAAGAGCCCGUUUGGUUUAUAGUUUGGUUUAUAGGUUUAAACGGAAAUUCAAAUUUUUUUGAUUUGUUUCCAAAGGUUUUGAACCCGCAAAACAAACCGGCUAUAAGACAUUUGGUUUGGUUUAAAGUUUAAUAGUCUCUGAUCAACACAAUCCAACAAGAUACAAGGCACACAACAAACUAUUAUAGGCUCUAGGAUCAGCUUAACUAAGAAAAUAAAAGGCUAGUGUGCCAGCUUACAAAUCUGUUUCCAAAAACCAUAGUAAUACUGUUUCUAGCUCAUGAUCUUUCUUUCGACCUUAACCCAGGACCAAGUUGGCCUUGUUGUUUAUUGAGCUAAUUGUAACGAGUUUUCUGAGAAUAUAAAUAUAAGGAUGCAAAGGAUCAUAUGGGUUGACA